CUCAAUGAUAUCUUAAGAGAAUUUUAUUACACAAUAAGAAAUCAUGAUGGAAAUACCUACAGUGUGGCAAGCUACAAGUCAAUGCGUGCUGGCUUAAACCGGCAUCUCAAAAUGCCACCUUAUAAUCGUCAGAUUUGCUUAAUGAAGGACAAAGAGUUUGCCAGUGCAAACAUGGUCUUUAUGAGUGUGCUGAAGAUGCUGCGCCUGCAGGGAAAGGAUGAGACUCACCACCAUCCUCCUAUAGCUGCCGAGGACUUGCGUAAGAUUAAGCAGUCUGGUGUGCUGGGUUUGCACAGUCCCCUGGCACUCGUCAACAAGGUGUGGUUUGAUUUGCAGUUGCAUUUUGCCAAGCGAGGGAGGGAAAUUCUAAGAGAUCUGGCUCCGGAUGCAUUUGUUGUUGAGAAGGACAAGAAGGGGCGUCGAUACGCUAUGUUUAGAUACCCUGGCAAAGGCAAAAACGGAGAAGAUCCUCAUAAAAUGGGUAAAAUGUAUGAUAUGCCUGGGGACCCAAACUGUCCUGUUUUUUCCUUGGAACUUUAUUUGUCCAAGUUGCCUCCAGAGCCCCCUGCCUUUUACCUGCACCCUCUAAAGCUAACAUCAGAGCAAAUGCAAGAACAGCCUGUCUGGUACAAAAGAGAACCAAUGGGUGUGAACUACCUGGGUACCAUGAUGCCCAGGAUAAGUGUGGCAGCCAGGCUCUCCCAGCGGUACACCAAUCAUUCUCUCCGAACUACCACCAUCCAGCUACUCUGUGAAGCAGGACUGGGGCCUAGGGAAAUAAUGGCAGUGACAGGCCAUCGCUCUGAGUCUGCUAUUAGGCACUACUGGGGAUCUGCAGAGGUUCGCUACAGGGCCUGGUCAGAUAUAAUGGAAAAUAAUGCCCCCAAUUAUCGGUAUCGCAAGAUCCCAAAUGAAGCAAUACAAGAAUCAGUAUCUGGUGCGUCCACAUCUUCUGUAAAACGUAUUGUUGUAGAACAAAACAAAACUUCAUUCCCUACAAAAUCUGUCGUGCCACCUGGCACUAACUCUGUGGCUUUAGUCCCUGAGGGACACCCAGCUCUGAAUUGCAAAAGCCCGAUGCUGUUGAACCACAGUUCGUCCAAGGUGUUUCUCCCCAAGAGCAUGACCAGUUGGAACCUAAUUGCCAGUCCCCUUCAAGGCUGUUGUAGCAAACCUGUCAUUAGAAAGCAUGUGAUGAAACAAGAACCAAUGACUUGAUGCUUCUCUAAUAGAACUGAUUCCAGAUUUAUUGCUAAAAUGGAAAUAUUAUCAGCUUCUGUGAAGUUAAUUUUGGCUGUGAGUACGGCGAUACGGGGAGCAGAGAGUCAAGUUUCAAGUCAGUGCUAUUCAAGGCAGUACAGGUUAUGCUGUGUGAACAUAAUGAAUUCUGUCAAAAUGAAUUGUACUCCUCAGCUGCGGUAUCAGCAGAGAACCUCUAACAGCAGGAUAACAGUUUUGGGGGUUUUCCCCAUUAUUUUUCCACUUUAUCUGAACCUGUUUGGUGAACCAGCAGGUUAAGAAUAGCUUGUUUGUCUAAACUUAGAUUUAUACUUUGGCUGCAAAUUUAAUGCAAAACUGCCAGUCAUUUAAAAUUCACUUUAAAAAUCCAGAUAUGACAAAUAUGCUUUGAAAAAAAACUAAUCUCCUAUGAUUCUUGAAUUUUCUAAUUAGAUCUUCUCCUAAAAUAAGACUAUUUAAUUUCAGUUGCAAAAAAAAUCCCUAAAAAGCAAACCCAACCAAACAAAAACCCCUCACCAGAAAACAGUAAAACCAAACAUAUGCACAAAAACAAAAAGCAACAAAAUCCCAAGCAAACAAAAAUAAACAACCCAGCACUUAAUCUAAGUCAACUAAAUUAAUACUGACUGCUAUGUUAUUGAUUAAAUUCCUUUUUCUUUGAUGGAUAUGACCUGAAAACAGUGGAGAAUGUCUGGCUCUUAUAUAAUGCUUUCAUAAAUUUAGUUUUGUAUCUCAUUUUCAUGAUUCAGCUUUGGUACUAGUGUUAUGAAUAUAAAACUUGUUUUCCCUGUCUUUUCCUGCUAUGUUUGGAAAUCUCAGCUGUUACUUCAAGGGGUGCUCUAAUUACUUUGUUUUUUUGAAGUUGGCAUGGUAUCUUAAAGUGUGUUACAUUUUCUUUGCUUAUAUG